AUGUAUACUGUUGGGUUAGAUGUUGAUACACGUGCUUAUUUCACAGCAGCAACAAUGAUUAUUGCUGUUCCAACGGGAAUUAAAAUAUUUAGUUGA